AUGGGGGGUGAGGCCCCGGCAGGCCCGAAGAUGGGGAACAUCACGGCAGACAACACCUCGAUGAACUGUGACAUCGACCACACCAUCCACCAGACGCUGGCCCCGGUGGUCUACGUCAUGGUGCUGGUGGUGGGCUUCCCGGCCAACUGCCUGUCCCUCUACUACGGCUACCUGCAGAUCAAGGCCCGGAACGAGCUGGGCGUGUACCUGUGCAACCUGACGGUGGCCGACCUCUUCUACAUCUGCUCCCUCCCCUUCUGGCUGCAGUACGUGCUGCAGCACGACCACUGGUCCCACGACGACCUGUCCUGCCAGGUGUGCGGGAUCCUGCUCUACGAGAACAUCUACAUCAGCGUGGGCUUCCUCUGCUGCAUCUCCAUUGACCGCUACCUGGCCGUGGCCCACCCCUUCCGCUUCCACCAGUUCCGCACCUUGAAGGCCGCCAUGGGCGUCAGUGCGCUCAUCUGGGCCAAGGAGCUGCUGACCAGCAUCUACUUCCUCAUGCACGAGGAGGUGGUGGAAGACGCCGACCGGCACCGCGUCUGCUUCGAGCAUUAUCCGCUGGAGCCGCGCCAGCGCGGCAUCAACUACUACCGCUUCCUGGUGGGCUUCCUCUUCCCCAUCUGCCUGCUGCUGGCCUCCUACCGGGGCAUCCUGCGAGCUGUGCGCCGCAGCCACGGGACCCAGAAGAGCCGCAAGGACCAGAUCCAGCGGCUAGUGCUCAGCACCGUGGUCAUCUUCCUGGCCUGCUUCCUGCCCUACCACGUGCUGCUGCUGGUGCGCAGCCUCUGGGAGUCCAGCUGCGACUUCGCCAAGGGCAUCUUCAAUGCCUACCACUUCUCCCUGCUCCUCACCAGCUGCAACUGCGUGGCCGACCCCGUGCUCUACUGCUUCGUCAGCGAGACCACGCACAGGGACCUGGCCCGCCUCCGCGGGGCCUGCCUGGCCUUCCUCACCUGUGCCAGGACCGGCCGGGCCCGGGAGGCCUACCCGCUGGGCGCCCCCGAGGCCUCCGGGAAGAGCGAGGAUCCCGAGGUCCUGACAAGGCUGCACCCGGCCUUCCAGACCCCCCACCCGCCUGGAGUGGGAGGGUCCCCCGCAGGCGGGCUGUCCUAGCCGGGUCACCCCAUCACCCGC